AUGUCAGCCGUCGCCUCAAAGAACCUGUACGAGCUUCUCGGCAAUGACCACGAUGAAGACUCCGACAAGGAACCCGAGCCACCUACUAAAGCCAUUGACAAGACUCCCGCAAGAACAACCAAGCGGAAUGCCACUGGCGAGGCCCCUGCCGCCAAGGCACCCGUAGCUUCUGAAGGCCGAGGUGGUCGUCGUGGAAACUUUAACGGCAAUGAAGGAGCUUUCCGUGAUCGCAAUGCAGGCAGUGCUAGCAACCGAGGCAAGCCCACCGGCGAUGAGCCUCGAGGAGAUCGACCCCCGCGUGCUCAAGGAACCUAUGAUGGCCGUGGGCGAGGACGUGGAGGCAAUCGCAACUUUGACAGACACAGCCGAUCAGUUGGAGGUGAUUCUGAGAAGCAAGCCGGCCAUGGUUGGGGUGCGAACGAAGGCGGAGCCGAACUCGCUGAUGAGCAGGCUGGUGAAGCUAUUGCCAAUGCCGAACAGAAGGAGGCGAUGACUGCUGAUGGCGAUGCUGCACCAACCGAUACCGCUGAGCCCGCAGCUGAGCCCGAGCCAGAGGACAACAGCAUCUCCUACUCUGAUUACCUCGCUCAACUCGCUGAGAAGAAGCUUGCACUUGGUGCGGGUGUUCCCGAGGCCCGCAAGCCCAACGAGGGCAGCAAGCAGGAUAAGAAAUGGGCCAAUGCCAAGCCUAUUUCUAAGGAAGAAGAGGAAGACUUCGUCGCUGGUUCUGGAGGAAAGGCCAAGCGCGAGCGCGAACGCAAGCAGAAGCAACUCCUUGAGAUCGAUCAGCGUUUCGUCGAGGCACCUGAGCGUGGACGAGGUGGAUUCCGCGGUGGCAGAGGCCGUGGCGAUGGACCUCCCCGAGGCGGCAGAGGUGACGGAUUCCGUGGUGGACGCGGUGGUGAGGGCCGAGGAGGUCGCGCUCGUGGUGGCGAUCACAGAGGAGGCGGACGUCCUUCUGGCCCAAGAGGCGGCUCCAGCGCUGCUCCUAUCAACCCCGAAGAUACCAGCGCAUUCCCAAGCCUGGGAUCAUAG